AUGCUUGCCGUGGUUUUUGCCACCGCUUUUGUAAAGCUGGAACGGCGAAGUCCAGUCAAAGAGUUCAAUAAAAACUUCCUCUAUCCGCCGCUAGAGGCGCUCUUACUUGAGAAGCCCGAUGCAUUUAGUGAAUCGAACUCUCCGCUGUUCCAGUACUUGCAGGAUCUAGGACACACAGAUUUUGAGGCAUGUUCUCCCGUUUCUCAAGAGGAGGAGCCGCCAAGCGCUGGUGGAGAGGAGGCACGGUUUCCUCAGGAUAUCCUCCCUUCUCACAGAAAGGGUGGUGUUUGGAGGCUGGUUGAUGCUAUGCGCAGUCUGAAUCCUCUGCGUCGAGACAGCGCCACCCGCUGGCAGGAGCAGCAGCUGGACGCUGCCUUCCGCCAGUAUUCCCUGCGCUGUCUGUUAUCUCAGGAUGUGCUGUUGCAGGAGGAUGUUGAGCUGAUCGAGCUCUUGGAUCCGAGUGUGCUCUCUCUGGGCUCCACUGAUACCGUCUGCCCCAGUGCCAGCAUUUCUGUGCCAGCGCCACGCUACCUCUCGCCACCCUCUAUACGGGAUGUGUCGGUUUUGGUCGGGCUGCUAGCUGUCUUGCUCGGCGUGUGUUUUUCGUACCCUGACCACGAGCAGGCUCUGUGGCUGUGCGUUGUCCUGGUGUGUGUUACGUGUGCGUGUCGUGGUCUGUCUCUGUGGCGUAAGGCCGUUCUACAGCGGCGCGUUCAGUCUCUGGCCGUCCAGCUGGAGGGUUUGGUGAAAAACAGCCGAGCGCUGACCAGUCUCUCUCGCAAGUCACUGCGACUCAUACAGGAGACAGAAGUCAUCUCACGAGGUUUCACCCUGGUGAGUGGCGCCUGUCCCUUUAACAGGGCGGGGCAUCUUCGCAGCCAGCAGCUGAUUGGUCUACGGAAGGUGGCCUAUCAGAGUCUUCGCUGCGCAUUCCGAGCCUCUCGCCUCGCCACAUGCGUCAUGCUCAAGUCAUUUCCGCUGAACUCGGAGAUUGACAAUGUCACCAACUACGUGUCCACCGUGCCAAUCAGAGAGCUUGGUCUCGGUCUGGGGGUGGAGCAUCUUUCUGACGAUCAGGCACAAGAACUGACCAAUGAUUACAGUCUGCCUGCACUCAAGAUGUUGUUCCAGUUGUGGGUCGGGCAGAGCUCCGAGUUUUUCCGGCGGUUAGCUCUGUUAUUGUCUCCAGGGAGGGAGGAGCUUGACUCCAGGUCCAGCCCCCUCACAUACAGCAGCGUCCCGUUGAUUACUGACUCUCUCCAUCGCACACUGGCCGCUUGCCUCGGAAAUCUUCAACGCAGCUUUGAUUUCCAUCGCUACUUUGAAACGCAGCACCAGUCGCUGCCCUCAGAAAGAAAUGGACGCGCUCAGCAGAAGUGUAGAGAGCUCAAUUCUCUGCACACGUCUGUCCGCAGUUUACAACUUCACCUGAAAACACUCUUAAACGAGGUCAUAAUUCUUGAGGAUGAUCUGGAAAAGUUAAUGGUUGCUAAGGAGACGGAGGAGAUGACGUGUGCGGGAUAUCAGGAUCUGAAAGAGCGUCUGCAGCUGCUGCAGCCUCACAUGCAGGCCAGCACCUGCUGCUGGGACGACACACUCGCGCAGGUCGACCGCAUGCUACGCCGAGUCUCCAGCUGCCCAGAGAGUUCAGAUCAGCCAGAGGAAACAGCUGCCCCAGAUCCCCCUCCUCCUGCCCCCUUUACACACAUACAGGACAGAGACCCCGUCCCAGAGGAACAGGAGCUGGAGGCAUAUGUCUCGGACUCGGACUCUGAGACGGAGUGGAGAGGGGUCACGGACAUGCUGUCGCCAUGGGAGCAGGAGCACCAACGUCGUGAACGUGAGGAGUCCAGACGUGUUUUACUCGAGCUAAAGUCCGUCCUGGGAAUCCGAACAUCAGAUGGAGAGAGAGACAAGCGCAAGCUUCUGCUGUUCAGUGAUCAGGCCGCCCUGGCUCCAUUUGCUAAGGACACAUCAAAAACGGACACAAACUCUUUAGAACCGCAUAUUUCAGCAGAGUCCAUGCCUACCACGGAAAACCAUGUCUCCCAACAAGGAGAGGAGAAUGAAUGUGAACAGCAGACUGAGGUUCUGAGUGGGGCGGAAAGAGAGAGCGAUUCUGUUACUGAGUUUUGCUGUGGAGAUUCUGAUGUAACUGGGGCAGCUAAAGAUACCAGAGAUGAGACUGCGGAGGAAACACAGCUCUUCCAAUCAGACGGGCUUAUAGAUGAGGGGCAUGAUGGGACACACCCGCUCACGCCCAGAGUGCCCACCCUCUCUGUGAUUGACCGAUUGACAGAACUGCAUGGCUCAGAAGCGAUCAGUUUCAGCUCUGCCUUGGCCACCCAGGUAGCAGCGCGCUCGCAUACGUUCACACACAUGCAGGAAUGCACCUAUGAGGACUCAGAGGAGGAAGUGGCAUCACCGCAGACGAGAGAAACUGAAGAGGACUGAAACAGCAAGAUAUUUAUUCUCAUCCUUUUGGUUGUAUUUAUUCAGCUUGAUUUCAGGUCACAGACAUCAUUGGAUGUAGCUGGUGUGUGUGAAUCUGUUUUUGGCGUGUCUCUGUUUUAAAGUGUGUGUAUUUGUGUGUGUGUGUGUGUGUGUGUGUGUGUGUGUGUGUGUUUGGGGGAUUUAUGUUUCAUGUGACAUCCCACGUCCACUCUCCUCAUGACAGGCCUCAGCCCUCAGGUACAAACUGGCACAUGCUAGUACACAGAAAUAACAGACCAAAACCUAACAUUAACACAAACUCACAUGUGCAAAACUACAUGUCCUUGGCCAUGUCCCAGUUUCAUUCACUGUAACAGAGGUCCUACACAGAAUAACCAAAACUAGCUCUUAAAAAGUCAGUUUUAUUGGGUAUAUCCCACAAAGCCCAACAAGAACAUGUCCGAGUCAUAUUUGACCCCAAUUAAAUUAAAUUAGAAGGAAAAAGAAGUAUAUUUUUGUACACUUAAGAUUUUGUGUAUUGCUACAUUGUUUUCAUGACAAGUAAGCACUUUUUCCCCCAAAUUAAUGCACAUUUUUUUACCGCAAUACAAAAUAAAUAAAGUUGUU